CAGCUGUCAGCAGCAAGUCUGAAGGCAAGAAGGUUGUCAUCACUUUUACAAUGGAUUCCCUUAUAGCUGCAAACACCAAAUUUUGCUUUGAUCUUUUCCAAGAGAUUAGCAAGGCUGAUGGUCAUCAAAACAUAUUUUUCUCCCCUCUGAGCCUCUCAGCUGCCCUUGGCAUGGUCCGCCUGGGAGCACGCAGUGACAGCGCACUUCAGAUCGAUGAGGUACUCCACUUCAACGAACUUUCCCAGAAUGUAAGCCAAGAACCCGAUCCUUGUCUAAAAAGCACAAAAGAAGUGCAGGCCGAAAGCUCCCUGGAAGGGCAGAAAGGGAAGACAUCGGAUCAGCAGGCUGAAUCUUCAAAAGGCGACAAUCAACUGCUGAGCUGCUACUUCGGGAAACUUCUCUCCAAAUUAGAUCGGGUCAAAGCGUAUUACACCCUUAGUAUGGCCAACCGGCUCUACGGGGAGCAGGAAUUCCCCCUCUGCCCGGAAUAUGUAGAUGGUGUGAUUCAAUUUUACCACACAACGAUUGAAAGUGUUGAUUUUCGGAAAGACACAGAGAAUUCCAGACAAAAGAUCAACUUCUGGGUUGAAAGUCAAUGUCAAGGGAAGAUCAAGGAACUGUUCGGCAAGGACACCAUCAACGAUGCCACUGUGCUGGUGCUGGUGAACGCUGUUUACUUCAAGGCCAAAUGGGAAAAAAGCUUUGACUGUGAAAACACAGUUGAUGCCCCUUUCUCGCUAAAUGAGAAUGAGAAAAAGAGUGUAAAGAUGAUGAAUCAGAAGGGUCAGUUUAGAAUUGGCUUCAUUGAGGAGCUGCAGGCCCAGAUUCUGGAAAUGCGGUACCAUAUGGGGAAGCUCAGCAUGUUUGUCCUGCUGCCACCUUGUUCACAGGACAACACGAAGGGACUCCAAGAGCUUGAAAAGCACAUAAGCUAUGAAAAAAUAGUAGCCUGGAGCAGCCCAGAAAACAUGUCAGAAGAAUCAGUGUCUGUCUCCUUCCCCCAGUUCACCAUGGAAAAUACCUAUGACCUCAAUUCUACUCUGUACAACAUGGGCAUUACAGAUAUCUUUGAUGAGACGAAGGCUGAUCUCACUGGAAUCUCUCCAAGUCCUAAGCUGUACCUGUCCAAAGUGAUCCACAAGACCUUUGUGGAGGUGGAUGAAAUUGGUACACAGGCAGCUGCAGCCAGUGGGGCUGUUGGCAUGGAAAGAUCACGGCCAUCUUGGGUGGAGUUCAAUGCCAACCAUCCUUUUCUCUUUUUUAUCAAACACAAUGAAACCCAUACAAUUCUUUUCUAUGGCAGGGUUUGCUCUCCUUGAAAGGGACACAAUGUCUAGUACUUGGGUACAAGAGGAAAACACAAUGCAGUCUUCCCGUAGCAUCAAUCAUGGUUCCUUGUGUUUCUGAUAAUAUCUAAAGAUGAUCCAAUUCUCUCUUCACUUUAUGAUCCCUAUCACCCUUAGUUUCUCUUGAUCCUCCUGUCACCCUGAAACUGAUUCUCGUCUGUUGGUAUUGACGCACCCUUUAUCUCCUUUCUAACCUUUAAGACCUUCAGCUGUCAAAAAUAUGUCAGCCUGUGGGGGCUGGAUGUGAUGGUUUAUAUCCAUAGUCCCAGCUACUUUGGAGAGUUGAGAGUCAAGGCUAAGCUAGGCAAAACCUUAGUGAGAUUCUCUCUGCUGAAUAUCUUAACCAAUGCAUGGGUAUGGUGGCUUAUGCCUGUCAUCCCAGCUCUGUGGGAGACACAGGUAGGAAGAUCAUGAUCUAAGGCCAGCCGUAGGCAAAAAGGUACUUUAUCUGAAAUUUCAGUAAAGACAAAGGGGCUGAGGUCUUUUCCAAGUGGUAGACUUGCUCUCCAAGGGUGAAGCCUUAAGUUCAAACCACAGUACCACCAAAACAAAUCAAAUGCAUUUUGUUGUUCAUCCUGGGUGACUUGAAAAUCAGUUGAUAUAUAGACUGGUAUUGAUUUUGUUGAUCUACUUCCUUUGGAAGAAAUCCUUAAAGUUUAUUAGCCUGCCUCUCUGGGAUGGCAAACUCAGAAAUCACUUUAACACCUAUGGCAAGAGAUAGUGUUUGACUGGAAUGUGUUUGGGAAACCCGGCUGUGUUGCUGGGCAGUGAUAAUCAUGGCCCACCUUGGGUAAGGUGCCGGCUUCUUCCCCUAACGUCUUCUGCGGCAAGGAUGUGGGAGAUGGCAGGGGGUGUGGAAGUAUUAAGACUUGCUCAAGGAGAUAUGAUUCCCCCAAGCAGCAUUCAUUUUGAGUACAACAGUGAACUGUCAUUUGUAUUACCAAUUGGACAAUGAGCCCGCAAGGUGACAAGUGGAUUUUCCAGGAAAGGUGUCUCUCAGUUUUCCAUGUUGCAUCAUUACUGUAAGACAUCAUCAGGUAACAUUUCCCUCUGUCUUUUCACUCCCUUCCCCAGAGAGUUUCCAUCUGUGGCUAGGUGUUCCUAAAAACCCAGCAUGUUCCACCAGGGUGGAAGCGGGGCUCCGCAUUCCUCACUCUCUCUGGACCCCUUUGCCAUUCUCCAAGAGGCCUUCUGCCUGGACACACUGUGAGAGUUCCUCUCAUGGACACGGUGCAUGUGCAAACCCUUUCCAAGGUGGCUGCUUCCAUCAACUCCACACCACUGAACGCCUGACCCCCCGCUGUAUUCAGACGCUUGGUCCUCCGGCUUUGUCUCUGAUUCAACGAUCUGAGUUCCUCCUCUGAGCCCACAUUAAAUGAUUUGGAAUGACGAUUGCCCAGCCCAUCUAACUCAAGGAAUUGGCCAGUUUCUUUUUUGCCAAGGUGAAUUUCUGAUCUUGGUUGUGGUCCCAUUUCGCUGCUCUUCCUGAUGACAAUCCUCCCAGCUGCCACUGUGCUGGUUCAGGGAGGCUGCAGCAAGUUUUGCGGGACUCAUUAGGGUUAACAUUCCCCUUUUCUUCUUUAGCAAUAUUGGGGAUUGAAUUGAGGGUUUUCACUUGCUUCUUAGGGUCCAGAACUCUACCACUUGAGCUACACUCCUAGAGCUUUUGAAUUUAGUUUGUUUUUCAGGUAAGGUUUCAAGCAACUUUCCUGGGGCUGGCCUCCAACUGUAUUCCUCCUGUCUCCACCUCUCAGGUAGCCAGGUCAAUAGUUAACUAUAUGACCCAAUGGUGGGCUCUUUACCAUCCCUAGUGGCUUCGUUCUGCUAUGAGAGACACAUUUCAGGCCCACAGAUGGGAAUGGAGAUCACAGCCUUCUCAUGGACUAAUCUCUUUUAUGGAAUAAAACAAUGUGUCUUUGGAUUGUUUGGCAGUUUUGGGGGAAAAGGAAAUUCGGACCCUCGUUUUCUGGCCCUGGCAAGGUUUACCUUCCAGUAUGACUGCCAGAGGCAGAAUGAGGACUCAGCUGCAAUUGCUAGAAAACCCACCCGAUCCUGGAGACUGGUAGGGGAAUGAGCUCCUGGGUCUUUCAGUUCAAAGUUCCCUUUAUCCCAGCAAUGUUAACAGGUAGAAUAAAUGAGGUAAUUCAGAUUCAAAAGCAAUGGCUUCCUUUCUGCUGACCAUAAAUAUUCUGUCAAGGGACCCAUGGCUGUAUAGAAGCUAACAGGAUCUCUUGUAGCUGCUAACUUACAGAAUUGUGUGUGUGUGUUCAAUUUUAUUUCUACCUAAAACUUUCUUAUAAUUUCACAUAUUGUCUAAUUCAUAUUUCCCCUUGCUCUCCUCUCCUGUUUUGCCCUUAUCUGGGGCAAGUCAGAACAUGUUGCUUCAUCCCUAAUUACUGUUUACUUCUGUGGCAUGCAUGGUAUUAAAAAGAUCACAGUAUCAAUAACCCAAGACAGAGGUCCAACUGGGCCUGCAGGGUGCUCUGUAGCUGAAUGACAACUCCAAAAUUAGUCUUUAUCCCCAUGGCUCAUGUUAUUGUCUUAUUCCCCCCAAUCCAUUUGUCAUCCUUUUCUUCUUAAU